AUGAAGUCCAGUGCGGUUUCCCUAGUGAUUGUCGCCGAGCGUGUUCCUUCUCCCCGCUGCGUUCCGCGUUCCGCGCGACUCUGGCUCAUGGCCCUCCGCGUCCACCCCGCCUUGCCCCCGGGAACGCGCCCCUUGGCGAGUGUUACAGUAACGAGCGAACGUAAUAGUGUCUGCAACACGCUUCGGUCUCUUCCGCUCACCUGUGUCAUGCGGUGUAGAGAGCGCCACCAGCGCCCACAGGCGCCCAGUGGCGGUCUCAAGUGUUGCAGCGUUGAUCUUUCCCCACACCCUCCCCUUUCAGUGUUUGCAACACGGUCAGGCCUUUUCCGCUCGCCAGUAUGCGGGGGGGUAGAGAGCGCAACGAGCGCCCACGGGCUGGCAGCACCCGCUGUAGGCGCAGGCGCAGUACGCGCAGCACAGCUCCAUGAUGCCCCGCUCGCACCACCGCCGCACGGGGUACCCUCCGGGUCACUUGUUGACUUCACCACCGUCGCUGAUGGCCGUGAGUCAAGGCAGGGGGGAUUGCGGGCAUGGAGUGGGAAAGUGGGUAAGCGGGAAGUGGGGAGAGAGAGGGGGAGGUUGGGAGGGGAGGUGGGGAAGGGGGAGGGGUUUGUGAGCGAGGUUGGAGCGGGGGUGGGAGUGAAUGUGCACGGGGAACGAGCGAGGAAGUGGACUCCCUCCAUUUACAUCCCCUCAUUUCACUGCCAUUCCCCCCUCUUCGUACUACUCCAACCGCUUCAAUGCUUCCUCCCCAAGUGCUCUGCAGUGCCCCUUCUCUCUCCUGCCCUCCAACCAGCUCCCCUAGACAACUCCCACCUCCUUCACCACCUGCACUUUUCCAACUGCUCCACAGUUCUGCCCUCGUGCCCGUGCACUCGGCUCUUCCCUCUCGCUCACAGCUCACCUCGCAAGGUUGACUGCCACGUGUACCCGUGCCCCCCACUGUGCGUGUGCCCCCACGUGUCCCGGGAGCAGGUGAGCAAGGCGGCCAAGGGUGGAGAGGCCCCAUCGCCGCCAUCCAACGCUUCGAUGCCCCCGUCAGCUCUUACCACCCCUCAAACCGCAUGUGCUCCAAAGAUCCCUGCCACGCCUUCACCUUCCCCCUUUUUCCUCUCUCUCUCUCUUCCUCUCCCCUCCACGUCGCCAUGCCGCCCCACCACGCAGGUGAGGGAGGCGCCACGUCUCUCCGCGCCUUCUAGCCGCAUUCGUGCACCGUGUGCGACGGCCUACCAGCCAGACCGCGUCAAAGACGGCAUCUUUGGCGCCAUCAUGGAGGUGAGCGCGGGUGGUAGGAGGCGAAUGGUGAGGGGAGGUGUCGGGGAGUGUAGGGAUGAGCACGAUGUGGUGCACAUCGCCAACAGCGGCCCCGUCACUCCCUUCCUCCACUCGCGCAAGCAGUCAGGCACAGAGGGCAACGGGCACAGUGCGGGGAACUAG